CAAUUAUUGACAACCAGAGACAAGAAUUGACAACUCAAGUUCAAUUAAUUCUCAAAUAGAUUGAUUUUCUUCGGAUUAGAUUACCGAGAUCAUAUGACAGCAGAAUUGAAUUCUUUCCACAGGAUUUUGGAAGUGGAAAUGCUUCCCGUAACAGAAGUGGCAGAUGGAAGAUUCGAUGGAAUUCUAAUAGUUGCAUCGCCAUACUAUGUUCAUGACCUGAAAGAAUUCUCAAGGACGCUAACGUUAGCCAUAGAACUUGAUAAUGGGCUACGUACUGAAGCUGGAGUAAUACCCUUACCGAAUUACAAAGCUGGAAGGCUUAUUUAUUCACCUGUAGGUUGUGUGGAUGAAGAUUACGACGAUGUAAGAUGCUUCAGAAAAGCUGCAAAUAUCGGAAUAAGACGUGCCAUAAAAGCCGGUGUCACUAAACCCAUGGUUAUCCUACAAAAUCAUCCUCAAUUCAAUAAUGGCUCUCUUAUUACACUCGUAGGAGUGCUAGAAGGCCUUUAUGUGCCACUACAAAUUCGUGAAAAAGAUCCAAGAAAAAUUCACAACAUCACAUCAUUGGGAGUUUACUCCAAAUAUCACGAUGAAAUAGACGAGCUGAUUCAAACUGCUUCGUUGCUAGAAACAGGCAGACGGAUAGCUUGUGACAUAGGCGAUUCAGAUCCUGAAAGAAUGGCACCUCCGAAAGUGGAACAAUAUAUCACAACGAUAUUCGCGGAUACGAGUAUUAAGAUAGAAGUUAUAAAAGAUGUUAAGGAAUUCGCUAAGAGUUAUCCUUUGUUUGAAGCGGUCAAUAGAGCAGCAAAUAAGAUAGAACGACAUCAUGGCAGGAUUAUGUUUCUGGAAUAUAUGCCAAAGGAAGAAGUCAAAAAAACUCUAUUCUUCGUUGGAAAAGGGGUCACUUAUGACACAGGAGGUCUGGAUGUCAAAAUAAAUGGAGGAAUGGCAGGAAUGUCGAGAGAUAAAUGUGGAGCAGCUGCAGUGGUGGGUUUCUUCAAGAUAGUCGAACGCCUUCAGCCUAAACAUCUGAGAGUAAUAGGUGGAUUGGGUAUAGUGAGGAAUAGUAUAGGAACAAACGCUUAUGUACAAGACGAACUGAUCAAAGCAAGAAGUGGAGUUAUGGUCAGGGUUGGCAACACUGAUGCAGAGGGAAGAAUGAUUAUGGCCGAUAUUCUGUGUAAGAUGAAAGAGAUGGCUGUGAAUGCUGUAAAUCCUCACAUAUACACAAUCGCCACUUUGACUGGUCAUGCUGUACUCACUGCAGGAUUUGGAUAUAAUAUAAUCAUAGAUAAUGGCCCGGCCAAAAAAGAAAAACAUGCACAAAAAUUGCAACUUAUGGGAGAAGAGAUAAGUGAUCCUUAUGAAAUAUCAGUGCUUCGAAGAGAAGACUUUAACUUCAUGAAGGGUCAAGGUGUUGGAGAUGAUCUCAUUAGUAGUAAUAAUAAACCUUCUUCAGUGACACCUAGGGGACAUCAAUGUCCUUUGGCUUUUCUUAUAAUGGCAUCGGGACUGGAUAAGCAUGGAUCUGGUCACGAGAAACCACUCAAAUACAGCCAUAUAGAUAUAGCUGCAUCGACUUUGAAUUAUCCUAAUCCCGGUACAGGAGCGCCAGUUUUAUCUCUAGCUAACGCUCAUUUACUCAAUUUAGAACAUAAUUAAUUCGUUUUUAGAAACUUAUUGUUAUAUAGGUAUAUAUUUCAAAAUGAAAAAAUUUUCCGAAAAUUU